CUGAUCCUGCCAGGGAGGCUAUGGGGGAAGCCCCCAGGAGCCCCGGUGGGAAAUGAGGCCGCACUGCUGGCUGCGUGUCAUCCCUGCACGCUCCUGCCAGGCGCGGCUGCUCCUGCCAUCCCUCCCUCCCGCCCCGCGCCUGUCGCCUCUCGCUGUCACCCUGCUCUCCCAGAGUGGGGUCCCUUCUCCCUGACACUGCCUGACUGGGAAAGGAGCCUGACUCAUCCUGGACAGGUCCCAACAGAUGCUGGAGGGAGCAGCUUCAUCCCAUCACCCUGCGCCCGUGGAAGGAGGGCGGUGCUGCUCUUGACUCGGCAUCUCGCGCCUGGGUGGUGAGGGGCUCCCGGCAAGGCAGACCAGCCGCUCCCGCCAUGCCCCACUUCUUGGAUUGGUUUGUGCCAGUGUAUCUGAUGAUCUCCAUUCUCAUCCUGGUGGGCUUUGGAGCUUGCAUUUACUACUUUGAGCCAGGACUCCAGGAGGCUCAUAAGUGGCGAACGCAGAGGCCGAUCAUGGAACGAGACCUUCGGAAGACACUGAUGAUUCGGGACAACCUGGCCUUCGGGGUGCCUGAGGUCUGACACACUGCCCAUCGAGUCCAGAAGAGCCUCUCCUGGCUGGGCAGCAGUCCAGAAGCCUUGGUAGGGAUGACAGUCCUGCCCUGCACAAGCAGGGCUGAUCAUCACUUGGCUCUUUGCUGAUCUGGGUCUUGUACUUACCACUCACCUUUCUGCCCCUUUGCUUCUUAGGCAAGGUUUGUGUGGCACCGUAGACUUGGGGCUUCCCAUGCACUCAGUGCCCUUUACCCAGCCAAGGACUUCUGCUCCUCCCCAUGGCCGAGACUGAUGAAUCACUCAAAUGAAGGGUCCCUUGUUAAUCACUUGAGUUUGAGCUUCCUGGCAUCUUGAUGUGACCUUCAGUAAGAAAGGUCUCUGCAGGGAUACCAGGCUUGCAAAGGGAUGCAGAGCCUUUUACUCCUAGUCUCUGGGUUAAAUCUAACUCAGACUGUUUAAAUCUAGGAGGUAUUCUGGGGGAAAUAAAUGGGAUUUCAGCCCAGAUCAUUGCUUCAGCUGUGCUCUUCCCAGCACCCACCCUUGGUGCUGGGAUGGUAAGCUUGCUGAAGCUCUGUGCAGAGGGGCCAAGGGCUCAGCAAGCCCCAAAGACUGAAUGCCUUUAUUCCCGCUAAAGGCACACUACUUUUCUGUGUCAGUUUGGGAGACGGAGAACACUCAUCUACCCAUCCAUCUAUUCCAGAUGCAGUACAUUCAAAUUAAAGAUCUUUAGUAAAGAGGUUUGUCCAAGUUCUGUGUCAAGCUGAGAAUAUUCUGCAGCUCUCCAUGAAGGGGUGCUGCUAGACUUAUCACAUAAGCCUCUUGCGAUCUGCCUGACCUUCUGCUCCUCUGCCACAGAGUGAGAUGGGAUAGACUGGGAGGUAGCUUGCACUUGUUCAGUCCCCUGCACUCCAGAGUCCUAUGUCAUGGCUGGGCUCUCUCUUAAAUGUCAUCCCAAUGAAAGCUGUGAAGCAUCCCUCAACCUCCUUUCCCUGCAUGUCUCUCAGAAGGGACACUUAGCCUGCUGGUGAAAUGGGCCUGUUGCACCACCUCUGCUUUCUGGACCCAAGCCGUAUUAUGUGGCUCUGGCACAAAAUCCCAUGUUUAUAGGCUAUCUGCAUUUUCUGCACUGUCCUGGGGCUGAUCGGCUGCUUAAGUGCUGUAUGAAGGCAUGAUGCUGGGGCUAAGACAGACAUUCGCAUCUUCUCCCUUCCUGCCAGCCCAGUGCAAUGUCCAGUGUGUAGAGGGAGGUUUGGGGGAGCUCUGAAACCAUGGUUGUGUCAAGAGCCUCUCCUCACCUCUUCUCCCACCCCAAUACCCACCCAUUGGAUGCAGUAGGUGCAGCAGUGCUACCUGUGAGUCCCCUGGAUGCAGUGGGGUCCUGUGUACCCCACUCCUGCACAUCCCAGGGGAUGUCAGCUGGCUGCCACCACCCCACAGUGUGCUCCUGGGGUGCCAGCUCUGUGCCGUAGUCCCCAGUGGCUCCUUUGGGCAGCAGGAGUUCCUUGGCCUGGAUGCCCAAAUCUGCCACAGAUCCCAUAUGGGCUUGUGUCACUCAGCCUCUCCUGUGAACCUGUCAGGGGAGGCUUUCUCCUCCGUUCCCAAAGAGAGGAGAACGCAGUGGGUUGUUUUGAGUGAGUCAUGCUCCAUUGGUAAUUCUCUGGGGAUUAAAGUUAAUUUUUAGCUCUAAGGGUUUUAGCUGAGAAAGGAAUGGGUCAGAACAUCCUGUAAAUAUCCUGCGUCUUUUUGGGACAUUUCAUCCAUCCAGAUUGCAAUUGGACCACCAUUACCUUCCACAAACAAAACCAGGCACACUGGCAGGAGCUUUCUGGCUCUGUUUCAGUGUUGUGGUUUAACCUGGCAGGUAGCUAAAUAUCACACAGCUGCUUGCUCACCCCGCCUCCCCACUGGGAUGGGGGAGAGAAUCGGAAGGGAAAAGUAAGAAAAUUCAUGGGUUGGGAUAAGAACAGUUUAAUAAUUAAAAUAAAAUAUAAUAAUAAUAAUUUUAAAAAAACAUUGUAAUGAAAAGGAAAACAGGAGAGAGAAGCAAAACCCAGGGAAAAAAAAAUUAUGCGACUGUUCAUCCACUGACCAAUGCCCCGCCAGUCCCUGAGCUGCGAUCACUGCCCCCCAAGCCAACUCCCCACAGUUACUAUACUGAGCAUGACAUCAUAUGGUUUGGGAUAUCUCUUUGGCCAGUUUCAAUCAGCUGUCUUGGCUGUGCCGCCUCCCCUCCCAGCUUCUUGUGCACCUGGCAGAGCAUGAGAGGCUGAAAAAGUCCUUGAUUAGUGUAAGCACUAUGUAGCAACAAGUGUGUUAUCAACAUUAUUCUCAUACUAAAUCCAAAACACAGCACUAUACCAGCUACUAGAAAGAAAAUUAACUCUAUCCCAGCUGAAACCAGGACAUUCAGCCAGAGGACAAUUUGAGUCCUUCCAUUCAGCCAAAAACCAGAGGUUGUGAUCCGAGUACCCUGACUGGAGAGUCUUGCUUGGCAGGGAAAUGUAGUGAGCAGGAUUACUCCUGUGUCCAAAGUUACUCUUGCCCUGGCAAGAAAAGGCUCAAAGCACAACCUGAAACAGGUAAAUCCCAUGUAUUUUUGUGACUUGGUGAUUUGAGGCUGCAAAAGGGAAAUGCCACAGGGCUGAGCUGCAUGUUCUGAUAUGCCACCUUCACCUGCAUGGCUCACAUCCCCCACCCUCCGGCACACACAGCCAUAUCUCCAAGCACCAGCUUGGAAACCUGCUUCCUUGCCUCAACUCCCUCACAGUUGGGACUGCACUGCCAAUGGACCCCAACUGAGCCACGGGGUUGCAAUAAAAAACUCUGUACUGGAGGUGAGGGACUUGGAGCUGUCAGGGACAGGUUAAACUGUCCCCAUUGGAAGGGGACCCUGAUCCUCACGGCUUGCACCAGUGCAGGCUGCUCUGCCAUUGCACCUCCUCCAAAUCCACUUUCGCCUUCUGAGUUAAAAGAGAAGAGGGAAAACCACCAGCCUGGUAAAAAACGAAAGGCUGAGUCUGUCACCCUGGCUCUUGGCCAGCUGGCAUCCGUGGUGCAAUGGGGCUCCCACAGGGGAUCCCCUCUCCCCUCCUCCAUGUCCUUCUCUGCACAUUGUCCUGCCUGUUUUCACCUCUGCUCUGCCCACGAGUCGCUGCAGAAACUGAGCAAAAACAAGAUGACAAACAGGUCAGGGUUGGACUAGAGAGAAACUAGUUAUGUAUCUCCUCUGGCUUAUUUUUUGCGCUGUUUAGUCCUGACACAAUCUGUAUUAAGCCAGGUUAUUUUCCACAAGUACAAAGCACUUUAUUGCCAACAGUGUCAAAGCCCUCCCCAGUGGAAUAAAAGUGUGUGACCAACCA